CCGUGAGAUGUACGCGUGUUCAACAAUGAUUCUAAUAUCUCGAGACCCAAAUCAAAUCCAUAUAAACCAAGAUAUUCAGAUGAUGAUUGGCCGUUUAAAACUGGCAAUCAGGUAAAACUGAAGAAAUUCAGAUAUUGGUUUGACGAGAAACAUGAACGAAAUAUGAGAGCUGAGAAGCCACCAGUGCCAAAACCUGUAAUUGAAUUUACAGGGGAUGGUUCAAAACAGGGGAAAAC